AUGGCUAACAGUGUGACCGUCAACAAAAAGACUACGAAGCAUACCUUCUCUUGCAGUUUCUACCGCGAGGAUAUAACACCUUUGGUUCGAUUGAGCACCCGAGUCACUGGGCAAAAUUUGGAUGAAUUCAGAAAGACUUAUGGCCACAUUCUGCUUAUGUUAACUACUCGUAUUGAUGAGUGGGGUCUCUACACUCUUCUUCAGUUUUAUGAUUCUGAGCUGCGCUGCUUUACCUUUCAAGAUUACCAACUAGCCCCUACCCUCGAAGAGUAUGCACACAUUCUUCAAAUCAAAGUCCCACAUAAGGUUCCUUUUGUGUGUGCACCCGAGAAGCCCAAAUUGGAUCGCAUUGCUGGUGCUCUUUAUUUGAGCAUGAAGGACGUUAAGGAUAACUGGAAGCCUAACGGUGGGACCCAUGGAUUCUAUGUGAAAUUUCUGAUGAGGGAAGCUGAAACCCUUGCUGAUAAAGAAAAGUGGAAAGAAUUCAAUGCUCUCCUGGCCGUCAUGAUCUAUGGAUUAGUGAUGUUUCCGAAUAUUCCAAAUUUUGUUGAUCUCACUGCCAUUUGCCUCUUCAUGGAUCAAAAUCCUGUACCCACUCUGUUGGCCGACACUUAUUAUGCCAUCCAUUCUAGGUAUGGAAAAAAGGGAUCAGUUGGGGGUUGUUUGCCAAUACUGUACGAAUGGUUUUCUUCACAUUUGCCUAAAAGCGGAGCAUUUGUCACUACAAGAGAUUCACAAAAGUGGCCCCAAAGGAUUAUGGGACUUACUGCAAAUGAUAUUGUUUGGUAUCACCUCCGAACGGACAUCGAGCAAGUUAUAACCAGAUGUGGAAGUUUUGGCAAUGUUCCUCUCAUAGGGACAAAAGGAGUCAUCAACUAUAAUCCGAAGCUAGCACUGCGCCAGUUGGGUUUUGCAAUGAAGGACAAGCCUUCGGAAAAAGAGAUAUUUGAGUCCGUUUGUUUUGAAAAAGGAACCGAUCCAGAAGGUUUGGAGAAAGUAAGGAGUGCGUGGAACAAAAUUCAUACAGAAGACCGAACUACCUUGGGGGGAAAGAAUGCCAUUGCUAAGAAAGCUUAUACUGAAUGGGUUGAAGAAAGAGUUAAGGAGCGCCUGCUGCCUUUCCCGAAGGUUAGCCCUCUAUAUGAACAACCACCUGAGAUUUUAACUGCCACUGUACCAGCUGAGGAGUAUAACCAAGUACAUGUGGAGAAUAUCAGGUUGCGAGAAAAAGGGGAAGACGCUAAAAUAAAGUACUUCUUGGUGGAUCAGAAAAGGGCUGAAUUAGCACAUGAGGUUAUAGAAGAAGCGGUAAAGAAAGCAGAAGAAAAGCUCAAGCAAGAGUACAGAGAAGAUUUAAGGGCUCACAAGCUCAGAGUAGAGAAGGAGGCUAGGGCCGAGGUAAAGGGUUUGAAAAAGAAGCUUGAAGAGGAAACCACUCAGAGGGUAGCAAUCAAGAAGAAGCUUGAAGAGGAAAUUACUCAAAGGUUAGCCGUGGAGACACAACUCAAAGGUAGUCAUCUCCGUUCCGCUCGACUAACAGAAGAGAAUGCUAAGCUCAGAAACCAGAUAGCAGAAAUGGAAAGUACAUCCGAAAAGAAUACCCUCCCUGAUUGCAAAGGAUGUGAGAGCUUGGUGGCCCACUGUGACAUGUUAGAUGGGCAGUUGUUUCGCAAAGAUGUGAUGGAUUAG